AUAUUUAAUAAGAUGUGGCGAUCGGUCUUUUUUGUAAUAUUUUUAGUGACGGCUUCUGUAAUAACUGCACCUGCAAAUGUUUAUACUCGCGGCCCGCAAUAUACUAUUAGUACAGAGCCAAAUCGCCACAAACCAUUCCUAGAAGUUCGUAACGCCACAUACCACGGGAUUGGGCCACGUGAAGAAGCCCGCGCAAUGUGCUCUGUCAAGACGCAAGAGGUGAAUGCAACGGCUAAUGCAACGAUUACAAGGCGUUUACACGGAGUUGUUACUUCAAGAGAACUUCACAGCUCGAUUCAGCGUCUAGAGGUGAUAAUAUUCGGGCAGAUGCAGCAAUUGUGGCAGAGCUUAGACGCGUUGCGUACACAAUUAAACACUAACUCACAAUUAUCCUUUCCGGAUCGACGAAGUAUUUCUUUUAGAUACAGACCUAAUGUUAUUUAAUUGCUCUUUGUAUUGUAUUAGUAUGCAAAGUUUUUAAGCUUUCACGGACACUACUAACAUUUAAACGGGAAAUACUGUUAUUUAUUUUUUGAGAUUCCCAAUAUUUCGGCUAUUUUCAGACACUAUAUUGACUAGUUUUCUAGGAAUACUGUGAAUCUCAAAAUAAUAAUCGAUUUAAGGAUAAAUCAAAAUGUUAGAAGUAAAUAUACUAAGAUUCGAGUAUUAUUUAAUAAACAGAAAAAUAGAGCGUUAAAGAUAAACGACGUUAAAUUUUUUCACAUCAUCUGAAAGAUGUUCUGAGAUGACAUCAUUUAAGGAAGGCGAUACUGCAACUAAGUACUCUUAAACAAAAAUUAAGUCGAAUAACUAAACAAAACAUUGCAAAAAUUUAAAUUAGGAUAAAAUGUUCUUUUUUUUCUGCGACAAUUUUUAUCUCACAUUAAUUUAUUGUAAUCCUUUGUUCGAAAAUGUAUUUAUAUGCGUAUUAACACUAAUUCAUGCAAAAAAGCGAGAACAUGACUUACCGGAAACGUGAAA